AUGAUGAUGAUGAUCAAGCGCAUCAUGAUGUUGGCCGCUUGGGCCCUUAUCGCGUGCUGCCCGAUCGCGAACUCCUUCAUCUACCGUUCUUCGGUGCAACACACGUUCAACACCAACUCAAUGUUGGGCAGGAAACAGAGGGGCGAGGUCGGCAAGACCACCGCAGCACCCUCAGGCAAGACCGUUGAGGGGGCUGGCGUUGGGCGCAGCAGCGGCGCGGUCGCCAUCGAGGAGAAGGUGCGCAUCCCGCGGGUUCCUUCGACGCUGGACCCCGAGAGAGUUACACGCAGGGUGGACUCUCCGUUCCACAUCUUGGGGAAAGGGGGGGAUGGGGAGGCCAUUACCGAGUAGGAGUGCUGGAUUUUGAAAUGGUAACCCAUGUUGACUACUGUACGUACAAUAGUCUACACCAUAGUCUACAGUAGAUUGUUUUAACACAAAUCAUGGUACAAUCCCCGAUGAAUGAGCAGGAUCACUGGCAUCGAGCAUUUCCUUUGAUGUCCCAGUCACAUGCGCUCCAGUAGUCAUCACAGCUACUUUUGCAGUACGACAUACAGCGAUAAGCACGCCCCCACACCGAUGCUGCUGCCCAUGAAGGUGCCGCGGCCGCCUGUGCUGCUGCUGGCUGCCACUACUAAGGGCCGUUUUAAACUGACCGACUUUUUGUCAAAACUUUUGAACGUGUCAAAAAAAUGGAACCUGUAUGUAGGCGUUUGUCCAUUUUUUUCAAAAAUAUCUGGAACGAAGUUGGGCGCGAAAACUUUGCUCCACUUCGUUCCAACUUUUUGACAAUCCUCUCAAAGUAUUUGGAGCACUUUCCAAAGUACCCUUGCAGAGGCACGCGAGGGCUGCUGCGUCUGCACCACGAGUGCCCCUCACCGUAGAAAGUCAGCUAGGGUUGUGUGUGAGUCAUCUGUCGCUGUCGCUAUUGCUAUCAUCGCUGUUGCCAACGUUGACGAUGCUGUCUGCUGUUGUUGCUGUGUCGUCCGAAAAACGGCGGUCCGCCAUGAUGGCUUGCAGUUGUUGCUUCGCGUCCGCCGCUUUGUUUUUUCCUUUUCCCGGGGGGGUAGGAGCAGUGGUUGCCACCUCUCGCCGGCGGCCUGUUCCACCCUCGCUCUGAGUGUUGGUGGCGGCAGCGCCUCCCGUGGUAACAUGAGUGUUCCCCGAGAUGCCAGGCAGCAGCACUAUCUUGCUGGAGAGCAAGCCUCCACCGCCUACGGCGGCACCGAGAGAGCCCGUCUGCUGGAAUUUCGCCGGGGUUUUGGUCUGCCGGCCACGCUGGGUGGUCGUGAUAUCCAUGUCGGUGUCCAUGAUGUCGUGUUUUCCGCGGUUUGUGUUGUGUCGUCUGUGUUGUCUCGAAGUGAGCGCUACAACUCACGGACGGCGUCAUUUUUUUGACACAAGUUGCACAAGUCCACGUCACACGUUUAAAAUGACUGCACACAGGUUCCAAGUUUUUGAAAGACAAAUGUCGAAAAUUUUGACAAAAAAGUCGGUCCGUUUAAA